AUGUCGCAAGGACUGGAGGCAGGGGAACGGCGCGAGCAGAACCCAAUCCUCGGACAAUGUCAACGAUUGUCCCAAGGAUCGGAGGCAGGGGACGACAUGAGCAGAACCCAAUCCUUGGACAACGUCACAAGGAUCGGAGACACGGAUAGGAACAGGAAACGCAAACACAAUAGCCUUUCUGUGGCUGUGAACCGUAAGCCGCCGCGUGGCCGCUCCCACGCUGAGAUCAGCACAAAUUCGCUGCGCGCUGCGUCAUUCUACCUCUACAUCCUUGCAACUUUGUCCAAGGAUAUACAUCUUCCUGUCCCUCUGCGCAUCCUUGUGACUCUGUCCGAGGAUACGCCUCCCUCCCAGCCCCAAUUUGUACCUCACUCCUCCUGUCGAUAUAUCUUUGUGGACGAAAAAUUGCGCGUCUUCUCCUCCCCAAACACACACGUGCUUCCCGAUGACAUAGCCGACUUCAUAUACGAGAGGACACCCCGCCAGACGUGGGAGAUCACUUGGGCAGAGGACUGGUCCCCUUGGCAAGCAUGGGUUGUACGGGCACCAUUUGUCAGGUGGGAUGGGGCUUUCUCAAUCCUGAAUGUAGACAAGAGAUUGCUCCCGCUUGAGAAGGACAAGGGCACGUGGUACCUCAAAUGGUCUGAGCUGGAGCAACGACUCGUGGGCUUGUGUACGAUACUUUCAGGACGACUCCUUCAUACCCUCCGCUUGCAACCAUAUUCGUUCCCAUCGUCAUUCGGUUACGAGGGCUCAUUCCCGGGAGGCGAUAAUGCAAGGCGGAAGAUUAUCCAGAGCCGUGAUGCCUUUGUCCCUCUCGCGGCCUACUACAAUUACCUCGCUGCCCAAAUCAAUUUCAAGUACGAAGCAGCCAUGGCGCGGUCCGAUGGCGUAGCCAUACCGCCGUGCACUUAUCAAGUUGCAGUCGAAUGCAUGCCGCCUGAAUGGGUAGAUCGUCUAUACGCGUCUACUCUCAUUACCGCACCAGGCUCUCAACGUUCGGGUCUUAUUAUCCAACGCAAGAUGGCAUGGUGGGACGAGUUCCAAGUUAUGCAGGCAUGGGACUUGCCACUCUUCUUCUACUGGCGAGGCUAUUCCGCCUUCUUUACAACCAAAUGGUCUGAAGUCACCCCUCCAGAGCUGUGGCCGUACUGCCCACAUUAUCAGGACGUAAAAAGGAUUUACGAGGCUGCUUUGCAAGGAGCCAGACCCCCUACGCAAGGAGCCAGACCUCCUAUGAACUCCAGCGAACCACCCCAGCAACAUGGCAAUACUUCACAUCCCAGUCACGCCGCUCGUGUCGACGGUCCACCCUCGCAUAGCCAUUCACCUGCGGUGCGUAGAACGGUGAUACCAAAGACUGGAGGUCAGUAUGAAGGGGAAACAUUUUGGGAAUUCAUGGCAAGACGAGAAGAGGAGCGCAAGAAGUGUUACGCCCAAGCCGAUGCCACGCAACUCCAGAGAUGGAACUCAAGGGAGAGAGAGAGUAAGAAGGCCAACAUCCCAGCCAAGGCGAAAGUUUACGAAUGGAUCGGGAUCGAUGACGAUAAACCAAUACAUUUGCGCGAGCUCGUUAGCCGUGGCGACGUGCAGUCGUUUUGGGAUACAUACCGUCGGAAGUCUUUUGACCCCAUUGCCAACGAGUGGGACAUCUAUGAUAAAAUCGAUCCAAAGCCAAUGACCGUGGAGGGGUAUGAGGAACUGGACCCUCUCGAUGAGGCCAACAUGUACGAUUACGCACUUGAUCCUGCUCCGGGUAUCACCACUCGGGAGCCUGAUAGUGCUUCCAAACCGCCCCUCGUUCAGUCGACCCCUCCUGCAUCUCAGGGACCUUCUCAUUUUACAGGUGCUGUGCAGCCCUCGCCCUUGCGCAACACUGCAGCACCUCUUAAGGAGAAGCAGGCUCUUGGUUCAGCUACAACAGCUCCGGAGCCUGAUCGAGCUCCCAACCCCCCUGUCUUCCUGUCAUCUCCCGAGUCUCGGGGGCCUCCUCAUUCUGCGGGUGCUCUACAGACACCAACGCCUGCGCCAAAUGCUGCAGCACCCCCCAAGGAGAAGCAGGCUUCCUAUGUCCCCGGUAACGAGGUUCCCGGCAGACGUGAAGUACAUGACACCCACACUGCCUCUGAGAAGCUUGCAGCCCCUGGCUAUCGCCUUCGAGGGACAGGUAGCCCCUAUGAAUAUUGCCGCCUUCCUCAUCAGGUGGAUGAAAUCCUCACCCUUCGGGAUGGACUUCAGGGCGAUAGCCAUGGCGUCAGGCUUGAUCGGAGGCAGGCUUCCUCGCACCCGGCGUUCACGUCAACUCUGCAGGAGUUCCUGACGGAGAAGACUACGGGUUCGUACUCUCAGGUCUUCAUGGACAACGCAGUUGCUCUCAUGAGAGGCCUGCGUACAGACAACACUCUGUCUCAUUGCGAUCUCACCGAAGGGGCCCUCGAGACGACCCUGAGUGUAAGGCCUGCGUCCCUGGGUGACAAAACCUAUUUUGUUGUGACUCCUCAUCAUGGACCCGCUAUCUGGUUGACUACAGCAAUAGACGUUUGCCAUGUCAUACGGCUGCAUAGGCUGGAGUCGGCACAAGGAGACGCAACCUUUGAUCUAAGGCCGUACCUGCUGGACCUUGGGAUCCCUUUCCUGUGCCCAUGCCUUUUGCCACACCCCAAGGUGACCUCGCCGCCGGCAUCUGUAGUGCAACAAAUGGUGCGACCUGUCAACCACAAAUGGACGUCUAGUGACUACACCAGCUAUGUACACCGGAAGGAGAGCUUCAUCACUGGUUACCCCCAUAGCCGCGCUGCGCUGCUUGAGGGUGGCAUUCUGUGGCGCCUCGCUCUCGAUGCACUCCAUGGGACAGCCGAAGACAUCUUAUGUGACGGGCCGAGUGCGGCGGCCGUCAGAAAUGGAUACGGUUGUCUCCUUGCUCGUGUUGAUGACAAGGAAGGAUGGUAUGAAGAAAAUAUUGAUGCAAUGGAGGAGGCCUGCAUCAUCGGCACUUACUUCAUCCAAACCACUCCCGGACAAUGGGCUGAAUACUCUUGGUGGCCGAAGUCGACAAACUGGAGCGCAAGUGGUUUUGGUGCUGUGGGCUAUUGGACCAAUGGGGCGGAAGAGUGGUACCAAGGCCAGGUGAGGGAUAUCAUGGCUGGGAAGGCUUAUCCCCUGAAACAAGGCGAUUGGCGGCUCAAGUUGCGACAUCAUGCGUCUUCCGUGAAGAGGGUCAAAGGUCGGUAUAAUGAUUGCUGCAAAUGGUCUGCCCGCAGUGCUUGA